AUGGACGUAUCGUCACUGCUUUGCUGCAUCUUCUCCGACAAUAGAAUUGCUCUCGGCAGCGAAAGCCCGUCUUGUCAGCCAAUUGUCUACCGCAAGCCACAGCCGACAGCGCCUCCGCAAUGGCAAAUAUCCACGCAUGACAGUUUUGAUGCCACUGUGGCGAAGGUUGUCAAUAUCCUGCGAUCUGCGGACGAGCGCGGCUUUACACUAAGUAAGCAGAUUGAUGAUGCCAUCGGCGUGGAGGGCUGGACCGAGUGGAUAGCUGAGAGAGUCUUGGAGGUUAUCGAAGGUGUUUUGAAGGAGGGUCGGGAGAAAAUGGCACAGGCCAUGGUAGAGGCGUACGACAAAGCAUCCGAAGCUGCUAAUGCCGUUUUCCAUUUCGCAAAGGAUCAUCCUGUCACAACGGCGGUCCUGCUCACGAUCAUUGCGAUCGGUGUGCUAACCAUACUUGCUCCUGUCAUUGUGGAAGCCCUCGGGUUUGCUGAACUUGGACCAGUUGAAGGUAUCACCUCAAAUUCGAGCUAUAUACAUUUCACUGUAUAG